UGUCAUGGAAUCCAAGUCGGUUUUGCUUUUUGUCGGAAUUACAAACCAAUAUUGGUUUCAUUUGGUGUCAUGAAACCGGAUUGGUUUUGCUCUUUUCGAACAUAGACAAAACCGAUGUUCGAAUCAGCUGUUUUGCUCAUUUGUGUGCAUGGCGGCAAUUUGAAUGUACAUUUUUUUGACACAAUUUUUUAAAAUUGAAUUGUUUUCAUUAAUUUAAAUAAAAGUAAGUGAGCGCAAAAUGACAUCCGCAGUUAUCGCAUUUCUGUUCUUGGAAGAAGAAAGUUCCGAGAAGGUUAAAAGAAAAAUUUUGAGAGAUUGCGGCGAUCCACUUGAGCUGCCCGAGACAGCUUUCAUAGCAUAUUAUCGCCUAAACAAAGAGGUACUUGACACCAUUGAAGGGCACUUGACACGUUCGAAAGUUCCACCAGUGCUGCAGUUAGCAGCUUCGUUGCGAUUUUUAGCAGAAGGAUCCUGUCAAAGAUCAGUCGGGAACGAUUCUAGCAUAAGUGUAGCUAGAAGCGCGGUGUCAACGAUUUUAGAUGAUGUGCUUAAGGUUAUGGAGCGGUUCAUUUGCCCUCAGUGGGUGAAACUAGAAAUGGACUGCAUCGAAAAGCGCAUAUCAAGAGACUAUUUUUACUUAAAGUACAAAAUUCCCUCAAUAACACACAUAAAAAUCAUUAAGCCCAGUAUUGACGAACAUUUAUUUUAUAAUCGAAAAUAAUUCAGUAUGA